AUGAUCGGUAUCGGAUCCAAAAAUCUCAUGGGUCUGGCUCUAAUCUCACAUGGGACAGUUCUAAAGGACAGCGGGUUCUUCCGGUACCUCCACACGGCGGUCAUCGUUAGCGGAACCAUGCUGGUGUUUGGAGGGAACACUCACAACGACACGUCCAUGAGCCACGGCGCCAAGUGCUUCUCCUCGGACUUCAUGGCCUAUGACCUGGCAUGUGAUGAGUGGUCAGUGCUGUCCAGACCAGACCUCCACCAUGAUGUCAACCGGUUUGGACACACGGCCGUCUACAGUGACAGUGUGAUGUAUGUGUUCGGGGGGUUCAACAGUCUGUUGUUGAGUGAUGUCCUGAUCUACACGCCAGCCAGCUGCUCCAGCGCUCCCAGCGCUGCCGCCUGUAUAGCGGCCUGGCCGGGGGUUCACUGCAUUUGGAAUGAUAACCUGGGCUCCUGCCUGCCCUGGGACUCGAACCCCAGAUUCCUGGAUGAGCAGACCACCCUGGCCUCCUGUGGAACCAGAACAUAUGUUGACAACGAUCGUUGUGACCAGUACACGGACUGCUACAGCUGUACAGCCAAUACUAACGGCUGCCAGUGGUGUGCUGUUCAGUGUGUCUCCGCAGCUCCAACUGCACGGCCGUCGCGAAUUCCAGGGGCCAUAGUGGAGUAUGAUGUCUGUCCUAAAGACAACCCGUCAUAUGUCUGCAACAAGAAGACCAGCUGUAAGAGCUGUGGGGUGGACCAGAACUGCCAGUGGGAACCUCGAAACCAGGAGUGCAUUGCUCUACCAG